CACAAACCGAUAGCCACUCCACUGCCUUUCACAGAGGUGAGAGAGGGUGAUGUUUCUGAGUUUUCAAAAUUUCAAUGGGGAGAGAGAAUUUUUUAAAAUCUAACUAAUUCAUAAAGAAAGUCCAUACAAUAUAAAGCUCCUAUUGCUACGAACCCAAUUUUACUGAAAUUUAGAGUAACAAGAACCACUGAUUUGUGCCUUUUAAGGAAGAGUUAGGAGUCAGUGAAUGGAUUAUUCAAACUAAUUGCCAAAUAACCAACAUAUGUGCCAUGCAGAGGUUUCCUACAGGUUUCUCAGGAAGAAAAACAACUUGUAUAAUGCUGUUUUCUGUCUUCUCUGCAGCCCUGGGAUUCAUGAACAAUUCAGUGAAAAGCACUGUGACUGAGUUUGUCCUCCUAGGCUUCCCUGGUGGCCAGGAGAUGCAAAUUUCCCUCUUCUCACUGUUCUUUGGGGUCUAUAUACUUACCAUGAUGGGAAAUGGCACCAUUGUCUGUGCUGUGAGGUGGGACCAACGACUCCACACUCCAAUGUAUAUUCUGCUGGGGAACUUUGCUUUCCUUGAAAUCUGGUACAUUACCUCCACUGUGCCCAGUAUGCUGGCCAAUUUCUUCUCAGAGACAAAAACCAUCUCCUUUGCUGGCUGUUUUCUCCAGUUCUAUUUUUUUACCUCCCUUGCUACAACUGAAACAUAUCUCCUCUGUGUCAUGGCAUAUGAUCGGUACCUUGCCAUCUGCCACCCAUUGCACUACCCAACCAUCAUGACCCUACGACUCUGCUAUAUCUUGAUAUUUCUCUGCUGGGUGUUUGGGUUCCUCAGUUACUCAGUCUCCACAGUGCAACUCACCCAAUUAUCUUUCUGUGGGCCCAAUAUAAUUGAUCACUUUAUGUGUGACAUGGACCCACUGAUGUCUCUGUCCUGUGCUCCAGCUCCUAUCACUGAGAUUGUCUUCUAUAUCCUGAGCUCCCUGAAUAUCAUCCUCACCCUUCUAUACAUCCUUGGCUCUUAUACCCUUUUACUGAUAGCUGUGUUAAAAGUCCCUUCAGCAGCUGGCCGGCAAAAAGCCUUUUCUACCUGUGGAUCGCAUCUGACAGUGGUGUGUUUAUUCUUUGGGGGUCUCUUGGCAAUGUAUGUGAGUCCCACAUCUGAAAACCCAGCUGAACUUCAGAAGAUUAUUACUUUGUUCUAUUCUGUGGUCACUCCCUUCUUAAAUCCUCUGAUUUACAGCUUACGAAACAAGGGAAUGAAGGCUGCAUUGAAGAAAGUCUUAAGGAUAGAAGCAGCAUAAAGAAAUCUACAUGAGACCAAGCAGACAACUGUCCACACAUAAGGGAUCACUUAAGAAAGAUUUGAUUUCAGCUGCCAA